AACCCUCUAAUGAGACAACUACUACGCGUUUGCAAUGACAAAAACUUUUCGCGACGAAGGAAACGAGGAUUGUAGUAGGCCCCCGCAUUGUGCACCGUCGGCGGACGUGCGCCAAUCCAAACCACCAGUAGUCCUAAACAAACAUUUUUAUCUGCCAAAGCCAAACACAGCCGGCGGCCUAAUCAUUUCCUUAGUUUCCGUUCCCAUAUACUGUCAGACCGCUCCAGUCUCACCAUACCCAAUUCGAAUCCACAGCUGCAGCGACCGAUCGCAAGGAAAGGAGAAAGAAAAACCCCGUCAUCGAUUUCAACUCUCCAUCGUUUCAGCAGUCAGUCAGUCGUCUACCAAGUCACGACGACGAUGGCGGCAGAGUCACCUUUCAGGCCGGAGAUACUCAAGGGGAAGGUGGCUCUGUUGACUGGAGGCGCCUCCGGGAUCGGCUACGGGAUAUCCCUCGAGCUCGGGAAACACGGCGCCUCCAUCGCCGUCAUGGGCCGCCGCAAACACAUCGUCGAUUCCGCAGUCUCGUCCCUCCGAUCCCUCGGCGUCCCCGCGACGGGGUUCGCCGGAGACGUUCGGAAUAGAGAAGACGCGGCCAGAGCAGUGGAAGGGACGGUGAAGCAUUUUGGGAGGCUUGAUAUCCUCGUGAACGCCGCAGCUGGGAAUUUCCUCACGCCGGCCGAGCAUCUCUCUCCUAAUGGCUUCAAAACAGUGAUGGACAUCGACGCCGUCGGGACAUUCACAAUGUGUCACGAAGCAGUGAAGUAUCUGAAGAAAGGAGGAGAAGGCAAAGACCCUUCGCACGUUGGUGGCACCAUAAUCAACAUUAGCGCAACUCUACAUUACACUGCAACUUGGUACCAAAUCCAUGUCUCUGCUGCCAAGGCAGCAGUGGACAGCGUUACACGCAGCCUGGCGCUGGAGUGGGGAACAGACUACGACAUAAGAGUGAACGGGAUCGCUCCAGGUCCGAUUCAGGACACUGCUGGUGUCAGCAAGCUGGUGCUGCCCAACAUAACCAAAGAGAACGACCCGCUGUUCCGGCUGGGGGAUAAAUGGGACAUCGCCAUGGCAGUCCUCUACCUAGCAUCUGAUGCAGGGAAAUUCGUGAACGGGACGACUAUGGUGGUGGACGGAGGGCAGUGGCUGAGCAAACCCAGGAGUUUGGGGAAGGAGGAUGUGAAGCAGCUGUCGAAAGUUGUUGAGAAGAGGUCCAGAGAGGCACCAGUUGGCGUCCCAAAGAGCAACCUGUGAGAAACAUCAUCAUCGUCUCGUCCUUUCUUCUCUACUGGUGUUUUCCCAAGGAAAGGAAUAGAUACAAAGAAUGGCACAUCACCAUCCUCAUGAUUCCUGAUUAUUGUUGCCUUCUUCCACAGAAACGGACUACCGUUGUUCUUUGGUCUUGAUUACUGUUUUUAAUAAGGUCUUUGUUUAGAUGAAUAUCAUCCUAUGGAUGCUACUAGUCCUAUUUUCCAUUGCCUCAUCAACACAAGAAGCUGGAGUUCACAUUACAAACCUUAUUGGUGAAGAUGAAACUAUCAACCACAUGGAACUCAAUCAAAUCCACCUGGAGUUAGUGAGAAGAGCUGAGGUUGAAGGAUUUGUCAAAUUCGAGACGAAAACCAACUAGUGACAAACCUCUACACAGCUAUAUACUGUAUUCGGCCAGAUGAUCUGCACCGAUCCGAUGCAUUCACUAAUCAAAACCUACUGUUAAUGCAGUUACCAUAUAUGUAUAUCAAGGGAUCG